GGACGUACAUAGCUGUUGUUCGGUCGUACUAUUCGAUGGGGAGGGCGGCCACACUUCUUUUCCUUUCGUUUGAGGGAUCCAUCUUCUUAGUUUCACCACAGUUCUCACAGGAAAAUCUUGUUCUCUUCGCCUUCUUGGCUUAAGGCUGAAUUUACGGUAGUCAGACAUUUAGAAAAGGUUUCUUUUCUAAGGGGAAUGAAGAAGAAGAAGCAACGGACAAAGCGGAGAGGGUCAGGGCUUCAACACCGAGGCUAUAAGUAUAAAAGGGAUAAUUUGAUUCCACAAGGGAAAAUCCUUCGUACUUGCUAUCAUGAACAGCCUGCAUGGGUCGAGUUCUCCAUCAUUUCCUGAUGAGACUUCAAAGUCAGUUCAGCUUCUCCAGAACCUGGCAAGGAUGGCACCGACUUGCGAAAAUAGCAGUGCAUCAAAAGCGCAAACACACUUUUCCUGCAGCCGCUGCAACUUUGUCUUUUUUUGUGAGGACAGUUUGAAAAAGCACUUGGCUGAGGUGCACAAAGAACUGCAGGAAGAUCCAGACAAGGCGAACAAGACAAGUGUUCAUCCAAGUGGUGAUGAAUUUACCUGUAGUCUCUGCAACAAAACUUUCAAUCUUAAAAAUACCUUAAACAGGCACUUGAUUCGGGCCCACAAACUACCGCGAGAAGAAAUUUGCCCAGCAAAAGAGAAGACACGGCGGCCGAAGGGUGGUAAAUUCUCAUGUACGCACUGCGACAAAAGCUUCAGUUGCAAAUUCAACUUAAAAAGGCACUGGAGAGACUUCCACAAGCAAGAGUAUGACGAUCCGCACAAGGCGAAAAUGGCGACCUGUAUCCAACCGAACUGCGAUCGCGUCUUCUACCACAGAACCAGGAUGCUUAAACACCUCGAAGAUGACCACAAUCUUGUACUGUCCAGUAGUACUCAUCGGUUUGACACAGAGAGGGAUUUCCUUGAUUGGAAGGAGAGAGAAGAGAGGAAGAAUCUUGUGCAAUUCACUAAGCAAGGUGGAUCCACUCUUGGGAAACUUUCGCGGUACUCCUACUACAUUUGCCAGCACGACGGAUCCGACCGGGCUCACUGCGCCCGCGGGCAGCCUCAGCGGCUGUCGUCCCGACGAAACAAGAAGGGUCGGGUCAAGACCGGCGCCAUCUGUCCCGCGAGAAUGCUGGUGAAGGCAGAGCUGAACUCGAGUGUGCUGAGAGUGACGUACGUAAGCAGUCACAAUCACGAGCCACGACCGCGUAUACUGAGCGCACGCUCCCGGCGCAAGUGUUCUCGGACCACUCCCUGGGGCACGGGCAAACGAAAGACACGGGGCAAAGUAGCUCCAGGGGGGCGUGGUAUACAGAGUGAUCAUGAGAUACGAGCUACAAACCCAGCUACAAUACAUACAGAAGGCAAUGAUGCUGCUAUGCUCAUAGCUACAGAUCUCCAUAAUGGGGACGCAGAUUCUGACACUGAUUUUGAAGCUCCUAGUCCUGAAUUUUCAAUGCUGGAAGAAACUAAAGGGUACCUAGCAGAACUGAUAGGGCUGAUCGAAGACAAGCGGGUCCAGAGAACAGUGCUGCCUCAAAUUCACGACAUGUUGAAGAAAACUGUGGAUCAGUGCGAAGCCAUCAAAGCCCAAGUACAUCUGUUCCAGCCAGAACCGUCAGCACAGAGGGAACAUGACUACUUCUGUAUAUGACAGAUUGAAGACGCCUAAAUGCCAGCUGCUGAUCCCUUCACUAUGAAUUGUUUAAGAGUUUCUUAGAAAAAUGACCUAUUACACUUGCUAAUGUACUAGUAACUUGUUGACGCUAAUGUAAAAAAAACAUGGAUAGCCUACUAGUAUGUUGUUACCGGUAGGUCCGAUGGGCUUUGUUACAGUUGUUCAUUUCUAAGCUUACUACAUUACUAGGCUUACUAACUAAUUCUAAUGGCUGGAAAUUUCUUGCUUGAAAAAAAAACUCUUUUUAAGUUUCUUAUAAAACAUCUUGGUUGGUCAUAAUCUUGCAUAGGUAUUUUGCAUCUUUUGUUUGUUGACCUUCUAACUGAAAAGUUAAAUCUUGUGCAUUCAACAGUUAGUUACAGUUUGUAUACUAAAUCUAGCACCCUUUGUAUCUGGUUACAAAUACUUGCUGGAUGAAAAGCAUAUUGAGUUAAUUCAAGAUCCUUGUUACUUCAUAAAUGUAAGGAGUAAGCUUGUUCCUACAUUCUAACACUUUAUUCAAAUUUUGUUUAGAUGACAACAGGUUUUGUUCAAAACUGUUACCAUGCAAUAAACCUUAACAAA